UAAAAGACAGGAGGACAAUGAUAUUACCACCAAAACAUGCUACACUUCAGCAUAUACCCACCGAAAAAUCUCACCGAACAGCUAUCUCCUGGUGCCCAGUUAACCGCACCAACCACCCCCAUGUGAACAUGUUGAUUUCAACACCCAAGACCCGAAAGAGGCGUCUCUCUCUCUCUGAAAUAGACGAAUCACCCUCCAUUGAUGCCGCUAUCGACAUGUUCCAAAAAUCCCAAUCUUCAAUCAUGGUCCCUCUCCUGUCGACCGGCUGCUUCGACACAAUGGUCCAGCGAGUCGAGGAGACCAUGGCACUGGUGGACAAGAGAGGGAUCAGCUUGGCGCAUAAGGCGAAGAGGAGAAGGACUAUUGCGGAGAGGUUGAGUGAGAGGAAGUAUGGUGUGGAGAACAACCCCCCCAUUUGCGAGACAGGGUUCCCAAACAAUAGCCCCCUUGCUCUGUCCUCGGACCAAACAACUACAAAGAACUGCUCCGCAUGUCGAAUCCAGAAACAAACCCAACUGCUACCACCCAAAGCCAAGCGGGACACGACGAUGCAGAAUUUAAGCCCCAUGCUUCGCGCUAUGAUUUCUGAAGCUGAAGCUGAAGGUCAGAACAACAAGAACACGAGCGAAGAAUACAGUGCAAAUGAAGACAGCCAGCCCGAGACACUGGUCGUGGAGAAGGAGUACUCACCGUUGAAGACCAGGAUUGUGAAGGCACCGGAGAGGAAUGGGGGGUAUAUUAUUGCGAAGUGGGGGCAAGGAUUGAAUGCAUGAGUUGGGGGUGAGGUUGGAGAAGGAGGAGAAGGAGCGAAAGGAGAGAGAUAAAGGGGAAGGGGGUGAUAUGGAUCAUCUCAGAUCAGCCAGCUCUGUAUAUACCUAGGAAGCCCUGGUAUAACAUCAUUGAGAAACAAAAAUGGAAAAAGUAAAAAG